UAGUAACUGAAACAAUGAAAUCAGGAACAUUAAAAUGCGUUCACAUGGAAUCUAAUAGGAUCAAUGCAUUUCGGUCGCACAGUAUUCGAUACUCAGCGCUUUGUUGACAGUUUUUAUCACUGACAUCGUGUAUCGUUUUAUAAUGUUUUAAAGCUACAGGUAUCGGAUCCRUGCGUUGGCAGUUGUUAGGAAGAGUAUGCAUGCCUUCAACGACGUGUGAAUUAAUCGCUUUUCUCGAAAACUGACAGCUGUUCACAUUAUACACAAGGGCAUAAACACUCUUAUACAAACCCUUGAGAAUUUUGUGUUUACACAAACGUUUGCACAAGAGCAACAAUAAACAAACUUUUGGGCUUUGAUAAUAGUUCAGCUAAUGGUUAUUUGAUUGGCGGUUAUUGUGAAAGGUCGAAGUUUUUGCAUUACAAAGAAGACAGUUUGAUUGACAGGUGAACCAGCACGUACAUCUAUGGGUCCAACGUUAUGAAUUAAUUAACGACCGUCCAUUGUUAGRCCAGAGGUUGGUGGUGAGUUUGUUAUGUUUAGCUGGUUGUGACGACUUAUGGGCUCGCUAAAGCUAUGGCCUCAAGYUCUAAAACAACUAGAGAAUGUACUCGAGCUCCUAAAUGUUCUAUUUUAAUCAAUAAUAUUCUGGCAAUCACGUUGUCACCAAACUCUGUCGAGGUUGACCAGAAUGAUGUUACCAUAAGCGAUUCAAAACCACAAGAACUCUACUCGGGGAAAAAACUGUUCGAUUCUUUCAUCGAGAACAACAAAUCUACUUUAAAUACGAGACUAAAUGAAAGCCUUUCAGAGGUCCGUUUUGGUGGGUGGAUUCAGCCAUUUACAAUUCUCAUCAAAGGUCCGCAAGAAGAGAUGGAUGUUUUAACCGAGGCAUGGAGACGACGGUUUUUACGAAGUCCAGACCGCUAUAUUAUCCGCGAAUUGGGAACUAUCAAGUCAAUUGACACCGAAGUUAUCCAACAAGCACCAUUCCUACCGCUAACUAAAGCUGUGUAUGAAGCAAUUUCAGCGUUAAACAURAACAAUUUGCCUAGCGGACAGAAGCAGGUGUUUGAAUACCUUGCGCAUACGUACCAAUACGUACACGUACCUAAGCCUCAUGUCAUACGRGACUGUCUUGGAAUUCUGUUCAAAGAGGGGAAAGUAUACGCAUCAGAAAACAACGACUACUUUGUUAACGUUGAUUCUGAGAGUGAAAGGACCCAGGAAGAGAAGAAGGAAUCGAAGUCUUCGRCGGCGAAAGAGCGACUUAAAGAAAAGACACGCCCGCAAUGCAUACUAUGCGAAGAUGAAAACGGUAGCGGCUCGACGCACUCGCGGAAACGCAGUAGUAAGCACGUAGAGCAAACAACUCUUUGUGAAAAGCAUAAACACGUGCAAACGGAAAAAGUGCAUAGAAACUCCACGAAGCAGCCUCCUUCAAAGGAUACUAGUAUGGAAUCGAAAGAACAGAAACAUGCGAAGAAAGACAAAAAGGGCAAUGGAAAUACUAAUAAUGAUGGAAAYGCUAAUAARAAAACGAAGGGGAAAGGAAACAAGAAGAGUGUGUGGGGACACAUAAGUGGCUUAAUGAAGGGAAAGUCAAGUGAAACGAAAGAUGUUAGUUCUAAACCUCUCGCACCUGAUGAAACAAUUGCUGUUGAUAGCACAYCGAUUACACCUCUACCCAAAACCUCAGCUCCAAAUGAUGAUAACUCAUUUAAAGAGAAAAUUCAGGAGCCUUUAGAGGAAAGGAUGACGCCUUUGGGUGCUUCAUUAAGUGAAAAACAUGUAGAGCAGUUAAAAAGAAGUCGUUCUUUCACUGCGCAAAGUAAAAAACGCCCUGAGAUUUCCAGGAGUAACUCUUUUACAGGCAGCACUAACAAACAGAAAGCAAUUGACUACGAUAUUGAAACACGGCUUAAUGACCUACAAAGACAUAGAAAUGAGCUCGAUAUGUACUACAACUGUAGACCUUCAUCAAGAGAAACAGACCAGUCGUUCACAGUUAACAGAACGUUUCAAAAGAACACUGAACCAGUUAAAUUGAGAAACAGCGGUUGUGCAGUUGGAGUCGUUAGACCAUACACAGAAAAUAAUCGUGGAGAAAGUGGAUCUGUAUCGAGGUCUAAUUCCAUGAAGAAUUCUCGCAAAAUGGUUGUAUCGAUGCCGCCGGCAMMUAGUAAUCUAUUUCGAGAUUCUAAAAGGUUUGGUACUUCGACGCCAACUAAUGAUGAUGUACAGAGAACUAUACCUAGAGAAUCUAAKUUGUAUGGACCGUACACUCCUCCUGGAGAUGUCACUACUGCUCUUUAUAGAGAUUCGAGCCUACGUGGUUCUUUAACGACAUCAUCAAGUGAGAGAGGGAAGGACUUUAGAGGUGUGACGUCGUCAUCUUCRACACUCACUAGUAGUCUGUACACCCCAGUAUUUAGAGAUUCCAGAACGAUAGGCUCUUUGACCCCACCUGCUGAAUUGAAAAGACCUGUGAUGAGGGACUCUAGAAGCGUUGCUAGAAGUUUAUCACUAAGGGAAAACCGCAGCUCUGACAUAACACCUCUUAUGCACCAACGAACGUAUGUCAACAUGCAAAGGAAUYACGUGGGAAAUGAUUCUCCAUURAARCACCUUCUAACAAAGAACACUGGAAACACAUUACCCCUUACCUCGAACCAUCCCAGCUUCAUUCCAGGAACAAUAAUUCAAGACAGGUCAAGGCCCCCAUCACAGAAAACUAACUCUUUYCCCAACAACAAUUCCACGAAGAGAUCAUCAUGGAGAACUAUGGCGAAAGAUUUAUCAGACGAUUAUGUUGAUAUCACUCGGCCUAAAACACUWUCAUUGGUUGAUGACAAUUUAAGAAUACAYGAUGAACUAUUUUCGCCMAUUCAUUUGCACAAGAAUCCGAGAAUGCUACCAUGUGACUGUAGCGAGACUGGAUUCAGUGAAAACUCGUGUUCGAGGGUUCUCAGUGACAGUACAGAAGCUGACAAGACAGCUCCAAGUGACCAUAGCCACAGUUCCUCCUUAAAAAAGUACAAAACUGAACGUUCAUCUUCGAUGUACUCGACAAGUGACAAUGGGAUCUUGCUGGAUGARAUAUCAUCCUCAUGUUCGUCCGAAAUCCGGUCAAUUAUAAAACCAGAUAAAAGACUUGACAAUGAAARUUACACUGUGGCAAAAGGCGAGGUCGUGUUGGAUUCUAGUUUAACAUUUAUUGGUAUUAUUUAGCAAUAUUAAUCAAAGAAAGAAUUAUAUUGUACUAUUAGCUGAAAACAGAUUUUUGCUGCAAAUACCUUUAAUGGCUUGACCACUAUUAAAUCUUUUUUGUAAUCACAUAGACACCUGGGGAAAGAYUGCGUAAAAAUGACCAAAAUCCGCUAAACKUUUAAAUUAUAUUUGACGCGGGUUACCUUUGCWAUAAUUGCAGUAAAAAUUUGCUUCUUUAAUCUGAUCAUGAGAGCAAAAUAAGAGCAUUAUGCMCUCCCCCCUUCCUCCCUACAUCCUCAGGAUGUUUGUAACGAGGGCAAAUUUACAGUAUUGUAAAAAGGUAACGAGGUACAUAUAUUGUAAUAUUUAGAUUUAUYUAAUUAGACUAGAGACGCCGCAGAGGCGAUCGCUAUGGAUCAKGAUCAUUCCUCCAUUUGUUUGUAAAGAGAUCAGAAUAACCGCGCAAUCCAACUGCUCUUGCWCAAAACUGCAAAAUGUUGUAUUGUACUAUCGGAACUAAUAAAAAUUGUAAGUACGAA